AUGUAAAUUCCAAAUAACUAAGGUUAUCCCUACCCUCAAAAUUAAUAUCCAUAAUAAGGUUAUGUGUAAUAUCCACAAAUUUAUGCUUAAUAAAUAAAUCCUGGAUAACAAGUUCCAUAAUAAUAAUAUGUAUAAUAUACAAAAACUAAACCUGUUGCUCCUCCAAAAAAACCUGCACCAUUUUCUUUUGAACCAGGAAGCAAUAAGGAAUUAGAUGAUGCCUUAAAUAGUAUUGACACUAUGUAUAAUGAUAUGUUUGACACAGUGGAUAAUUAAAAAUUGAGAUAAGAAUCAGGUAAUAUAUAAAUAUUUAAAAAUAGGAUAAGAAAAUGUAGAAGAAUAUUACAUAGGUAUUCCAGUAGAGUAGAAAAAUAUUACUUAGUAAGUUUAGUUAAAUUAAGUGCCGAAUACAUUUGGAAACAUUUAACAAGAUCAAGAGAAAUGGAAUUAUUAUAAUGGGAAUCGUAAUUCAUUCUAUUGA